UACUGACAUUUUCGAGAGCCUCGAUUUUGUUUUUGUUUUUGUUUUUGUUUUUGUUUUUUUUCAUUUCUCUUCUUCUUCCACUCUUUCUUUUAACUCAGAUGCAACCCUGGAGAAGAAAAUUCCCAUUGUUCGAAACAGGAGUGACAAUGAAACAGAGGAAGAACAGUAAUCUCUCGAUCUUCGUCGUCGUCUUCUCUGUUUUCCUCUUCGGGAUCUUCAUGUACAACGAGGACGUCAAAUCCAUAGCCGAGUUUCCUUUCUCCAGCUCAAAACCUAACGACGUCCAAGGAAGCCAAGAGGAGGCUAAACCGAUCAAAGAGGUUACGUCACUACCAAUUCAAGAAUCGAUCAAGAACUCUGACCCAAUUCAUGAUUCCACGGGAAACGCAGACCCAAUACAUGAUUCCGCGGGAAACGCAGACCCAAUUCGGGAAUCGAUCAAAAACCCAGAACCUGAUCAAGAAUUAGUGAGAGAAUCAGAGGCAAUUCAGGAGGAAGUAUUGAAAACAGAGGAAGGGAAGAAGAUUGAACUGUUUGCUGUGACGGAGGAAGAAGACGACGGAGGUGACGUUGAAUUGCCGCCGGAGGAGUGCGAUCUGUUCACCGGAGAAUGGGUUUUCGAUAACGAGACGCAUCCGUUGUAUAAAGAAGAUCAAUGUGAGUUCUUAACGGCGCAAGUGACUUGCAUGAGGAACGGAAGGAGAGAUUCUCUGUAUCAGAAUUGGAGAUGGCAACCCAGAGAUUGUUCUUUACCAAAGUUUAAAGCGAAAUUGCUGCUAGAGAAGCUACGAAACAAGAGAAUGAUGUUUGUUGGGGAUUCGCUAAACCGGAAUCAGUGGGAAUCAAUGGUUUGUUUGGUUCAAUCAGUGGUUCCUCCCGGUCGAAAGAGCUUGAACAAAACCGGUUCUCUCUCCGUCUUCCGAAUCGAGGAUUAUAAUGCGACGGUGGAGUUUUAUUGGGCGCCAUUUUUGGUGGAAUCGAAUUCAGAUGAUCCAAAUAUGCAUAGUAUACUUAACCGUAUAAUAAUGCCUGAGUCCAUCGAAAAGCAUGGAGUCAACUGGAAAGGCGUUGACUUUCUUGUUUUCAACACUUACAUCUGGUGGAUGAACACAUUCGCCAUGAAAGUCCUACGAGGAUCGUUCGAUAAAGGGGACACUGAGUACGAAGAGAUCCAACGGCCAGUAGCGUACCAGAGAGUGUUAAGGACUUGGGGAAAUUGGGUGGAACGCAAUAUUGAUCCUCUACGUACCACUGUCUUCUUCGCUAGCAUGUCUCCUCUCCACAUCAAGAGCUUGGACUGGGAGAAUCCAGAUGGGACAAAGUGUGCAUUGGAGACGACACCGAUCCUAAACAUGUCAAUGCCGUUCAGCGUAGGAACAGACUACAGGCUGUUUUCAGUAGCGGAAAACGUCACGCAUUCUCUUAAAGUUCCGGUUUACUUCCUCAACAUUACGAGACUCUCCGAAUACCGGAAAGAUGCCCACACUUCGGUUCACACAAUCCGACAAGGCAAAAUGCUGACGCCGGAGCAACAAGCUGAUCCCGACACUUAUGCCGAUUGUAUCCAUUGGUGUCUUCCCGGUUUACCUGACACGUGGAAUGAGUUCCUUUACACACGUAUUAUUUCCCGUUCGUGACCAAAGAGACCAAAUAAGUUGAAAUAUCGAUCUUUCUUUUUUAUUUUUAUUCUCCCUCUUUGCUCCAUCGAUCGGGUGCCUCGAAUUUUUUUUUUUUUUUUUUGAUAUCAUGAUGUUCAUAAUUUUUCUUUCCCAAAUGUAAUUGUCAAAUGUUUUGUUUUUUCUUAUGCUUAUUAGAGUGUUCUAUUAGGAUGAAAAUGGAAGGGGCUUUUAACUGUAUUUGUACACUUGAACUUUGGAGUGAGGUGGAAAGCAAAGGAUGCCAAAUAUUUUUUUGUUUCU